CGAUCCCACAAUUCCCACAUUAUUUCCUUAGUUCGUUGGCGAGAUGGCGAGAUGGUUGAAGUCACACUAGGCAAUAUAUUUUUAUGACUAGAUAUUUGGAGAUACUUCGGUUCUUGACAUCUUAGCAGUCUGUUGGAGUUAUUUCAAGGCGACAGAUUGAACUACGGUAAGUGUUUAUUGUAAUUGAUCGUUAGGGUUUGUUAUGUCAUGCACAGUGAUCAGCGAAGCAAAUGUUUUUCUGCUUAUGUUUCGUGGUAACUUUGUUAUGUUCUACGACAGGUUCUCGUGAUCUCUUAGAAAUUUAGGAUCGAUCGAAAUUCGGUGGACUUCAUGCAAAAACGCUCGAAAUAUUUCGUUUCGUUACCGAUUUUCUACUUUUGAUCGAGAUUGUGCAAGCUGACAUGUAGGCAUAAAAAAAGGUCGUUUUUCACACGAUUUAAUAUUCUUUGAAUGUUAGAGUUUUUUUCCAGAAUAUCUUCUUCUAUCGUAGGAACAGUCUGAAUUUUUCUUGCGAUAUUUAACUUACUAUUGUAUCUGGGACACAACGAAGGUUCGUAAGGAAGUCAAUUUUAAUGUUCUAUAAAUAUUGCGAAGCGGUGAUCCCCCCAAUGAUACAUUUCCGGUUUCACUUUCGACUCCUGCUUUGUCGUAGCUGUCAAAGUGGAGUUAAAACACGUUAAUAAAUAAAUGUACAACUUUUGAUCUUCUCCCUUCCCAUGAAUGGUACAUCUGGAAGAAAUGAUAUCAAGGAGAAUUAAUGUUUUGUUAAAAUUCCACCAGAUAAAAUUAACUGAACUGUCCUUUGCGAGAUGAAAUGUAGAACACAAGACAUGAAAAAGUCCUUGACAUAAUUUUGCAAGUUAAUAUGUACAGAAUUUUCAGGAAACUUUAUAUCAGAAUGGUCUAAUUCUUCAUAUCCUCACAAUUCAUUUAACAAGUAGAGAGGUUGGUAGUCUUAAUUUAAGUGCAAGGGUAAUUAGCUAUCGACAAAAUAAUUGUGGACAAUGAUAAAGUAUGAAAAUUUUAAAAAAAAUUUAGAGAAAGAGCGAUUGAUCAAUGUGUACUAACAAUAGAUAAAUGCUGUAUAGUUGAUUUAAGAACAUAUGUUGCAAUUCUUAAAACUGUCUAGUCUUUCUUGUAAAUGCUUCAUUUAAAACUGUUUAGGUAGGCACUAAGUACUUUUUCCUUUGAAGAUCUCUUACAUGAAGAUGCUGAAUUUUUACCAUAAAUUUGUUGCAGUGAGAUUCAGAGAACUUAUAUAUAAUUUCUGAGAAAGAAUAUGAUUUUGUAGUCAUGAUGAUUCAACAAAACUAGGGGGAAAUUUAAAGUGGAUGCUUCAACCAAGAGCUGUCGGUGACUCUUGAUAGCUAAGAGGAUUUGAAGUCAGUUUGGAUUCUUUUCAAUUGAAAAUUUAGCUAUGCUGCUCCCAAGUAUGCUUGGCAAGGUCGUGAGAACUUUGGAAUGAAAAAUUGGUAUCAUCAAUCCCCCAAAAAAGUGGUUAAACAUGCCAGCUAUCAUUUGAGCGUGUUGAUUUACAUAAUGUACUGUAGAUAUGAUGUUACUUCAUUCACUCAUAUCUACUGUUCCCUUUUACUUGUAGAGGUUUUUUUCCUCUUUUUUUUUUUACCUGAAAUCAAAUUAUGUUGAUUUCUAUGUUAAAUAUUUGUAGAAAAUAUCUGAAAAGCUGAAAUGCAAAUCAGUUUAUUUUGAGUUUUUGAUGGUUUUGAUUUUUUUUAAAGAUGAGAUUUGAUUUUCUUUGCAGGUUUAAAAGUGAUGUGAAGUAAAAAAGAAUGGAUUGGGAAUCUUUGUUAAGUCAAUACAUAGAAUAUCACUCAAAUAAUGCCAAUGAAACCAAGGAGGUGCUUGUGAGGAAUUCUAAAGAAUUCUUGAGCACUUCUAAACCUGGCCACAGAUUUGCACUGGAAGUGGAAUUUUAUGAUGAUGUAGAGAGAAUUGCUCAGAAAUUUGAUAGUGAUGAAGACUUCUUUAAAAUGAUGAAGGCUGGAAUGAACAGCCUUGAGAAAUAUGGAGUGAACUUGUGGAGGUUCCCCUGGCGUAAAGAGUACCACACUGUUAAGGUACCUUGUAUGGAUAUAAAUGAUUUUCAAUGAAUUUUUUCCUCUUUGGCAGUGAUGAUGAGUGUUAACUUUUUUCUUUAAAAAUAGCAUAUCACUUCUAGAGUUCAGUCUGUGAUUGAAUAGUCUCUCAUGGUAGUAAAUGGGUUAGAGACAACAGAAGAUUUGUGAAAGUCUGUUUUGUUUCCCAUUGAUAAAGUAGCGUUUGAGCAACGCGAGUUUGCCCUUUGAGAUGUGUAUUUCAGGCGGCUCUUAGAGGUUGUGGGAAAUAUCAGAUCAAAAGGAAAAUUAAAAAGUUCAUUAGUGAAUAUCAAAGGUGAAAAGUCAGAUUCAGAAAUCAUUAUGUACAAUUUUCAUUACCUGACAUCUCACUUUGCAGAUUCACCCAGUAAUUAAGUCAGUUGUGAUUGGUCAAUUUUGUUCAGUUGGUAAUGAGUCAAGGGGCUGUGUUAUGUUUACUAGUUAUGCUGAUGUCCUGACUAACUUUUCACUUUGGAAUUAACUUCCAAUGGCCACUCUCGGCCUCUGUGCGUUGAGGUUUUCGGUGAGCUUUACAAAUUUUUCAUUUCUUCUCCAACAGCUUUACACUGCAUUUUUUAAGAAUAUUGAAAAACAACUGAAAGACAAGGAAUUCAUUUUUUCUGUGUUGAAGUUUCUUGGCUACACAGAAAGAGAUGAACACAAAGUGUAUAUGAAAGAUUCUGGGAGAAGAAAUCCCAUAUGGAAGUCCUUCAACCUCUUUUUACUUCAGGUGGAGUUGCAAAUAAUGGAGGAAAUUCAAAGUCAAAACUCAAGCAGAAAUAUUCCAUUGAAGGAAAUUGUUAAAGCAAGAUCGAAAAAGCGUACCAUAGAGGAAGCUAUUCGUUAUGUAGACCGAAAAUCUUCCAGUAAACAGCCAGAACUUGACGAACGGCAGGGAGAUGAUGCAUCAUCUUACAAGUUCAUCAGGGGGACAUCCAGUGAUAACAUCAAAGCCAGAGCCAGGCUUCCAGGUGAAUUAGCGUCAGGGGACCAAACCACCACCAGCAGCUAUAGCGGAUCUUCAGCCAACCUCUCUGUUCUAUCAAAAGCAACAGACAGUGGUGCUGCGAAUGCUAGUAAUCGUUCAAAUGAGCCUACAUUCCGCAACGGAUACGUUCGUACUGCUCAACUACCACAUCACAAAUUAUCACUAGGCGGUGUUGACUCGGUACGGAUUACAGACAACGCUUUGUACGGUGUAAAUCCUGAAGAAAGCCUACCUGAGCACGCAAGUGCAUACAACAGGGAGGUGCGCGACCAGAAUAGUUCUCGAUAUGAUGAUGCCAGCAGGAGUGCCACGUUCAGAGAAAAGACUGGUAAUAGCCAACAUGUUACAACGCCUUCAACAGGUCGCCCACAGUACCCUGCUAACACAAAAGGAGGCCAGCAGCAUGGCGCUCAUUCAAGUCACUACACUUUCAAUCAGCUUGGUUCACCACACUCUCCUCGUCUCACUAACGGCCAUAAUAAUGGCCAUUCGUUCAAUAGUUCAGCCGAAGCUGGCGCAAGUGUUCAUGACAUAAACACCAGCAGGUAUGUGAACCUCAGAUAUAACGCUGGUUCUGACUGUCAAAACAUUGGAUGCAGUGGAUCAGAUAAAUCUUUGCCCACGAAAGAGGGUGAGAGACGCUUUGAAGACAGGUUACCGAUAAUUCAGCAAACUCUCAUCUCUCGCUCCGCACAGGGUUUGGUUGGGAUGGAGGGUGACACGCAUGUGAGAUCUUCAAAUCAUUUGCCAAGUAGCGACGAGCCAUCUAACGUUGGUAAAGCUGCAAAAGCUCCUCAGCAGCAGAAAAACAUGUCCAGUGGACACAGGAGGCAGGAGCAUAUUCCUAGUGCGGAGGAAGCCGGUAAAUCACGACAAGCACACAGAUCGCAAGUUGAUAUUGAAAAUCCCGUUGCGUCUACAGGUGUCUACAAUGUCAGCUCUGGUGCAACUGAGGGGAGGAAUCAUUUACCAGAGAAACCCCCGUCAUCUGUAAAGAGCAGAACGAGCAGGGAUUCGACUCGAAAAGAGGAUGGUACAGCUUAUCAUUCCCCUCUUUUCCAGGUUCAAAAUCUUACUCAAGGUUCCGUGAAAGGUUCUCAAACUGGAGCUGUAUCAGUUGCUCAAACAACAUCGUCUCACGAGGCUCGUGUAGUUGAGCAAGGCAAACAUUUUGGAAACAACGUAUGUGAACAUUGCUUGCUACCCGCAUCAUGCAUUUGCCGUUUUUGUUAUCAAUUAGUCUGUGGAAAGUGUAAGGAAGUCUAUUCUGUGGAUGUUUGCGCAGUUACUAAAGGAGAGCAUGAAUUUGCGAACCUCAAGGCCUCUGAAGGAAAGGGUGAACAAGGCAUUGGAAUGAGUGGAGAAGAAUGGUCCUGUCUUCGUUGCACGUACGUAAAUCCUGCAGAGAACAAAAUCUGUGCCAUGUGUUCCACGACGCGUGGACUUAGUGCUGUGGAGCUGUCAAAGCCGGGCACUAGAGUUUGUAAUUGGUGUACAUCACACAACCAAGAGAACGCUAAGAUUUGUUACGUUUGUUCACGUUCUCUAGACUUGAAUUGCCUUGAGACGGUAAUAUGAGGCUCCUCUUUGGUGAUGAGUUUGCUUAAGUUACUACUCUGUUAAUGAGUAGGAGGGCUAAGAAACUGAAAACUGCUUGAACCCUUUACACCCUAACAUCAGUAUGCAUAUUCUCCGUACUGUUUUCUAUACAUUUUCUGAGGUGCUGACAAGGAGAAUUUGUCUAACAAUUAAGAGCUUCUUAAGUUUAGUUGUUUCCCUUAUUCUCAUGACCUGAAUGCUUUAUUCAGGGCUGAUGUUGUAAGGAGAAAUUAGAUGUUAGUCACUCUUAGGGGUUAAAGGGGUAAAUGAGUGAAAAACUCUAAUGCUUUCUAUUGAGCGAAGGAUGACAGCGAUUACAGUAUAUGGUCAACUUCCGUAACUGAGUCGUUCGACACCAAAAGUACUUAAAAUACUGGAUAUUUUAGUUAUCUUUUGUAGAGGGUUUGAACUAGUUUCAUACUAUGAAGGAGUGCGAAGAAAAAUGUGCAGACUGUAUUCAGGCGAGACCGAUGGUCUGAAGGACUGAGUUUCAUUCAGGUCAUACUUUCAUUCACAGUUGUUCCGUGGGUUAUCACGCAACGUUUCCUGCCUCCAACCGAACAACGUUCCAUUUCCAUCACUCUUUGGGUUAAUCGAGAAGACCAAUUACAAACCAGAAAAGUAAAAAUUACUUUGCGCGGUAAUGUUGAUCUGGCAUACACAUUACUGAUAAUACGAUCGGUUUAUUUUCCAUAUGAAAACCUCGCUUCGAUUUCAGCCCCCUCGCUGAGAGGUGACUGUGUGUGAUACUUACGGACUCCGUCGUGAACUCUGAUAUUUUCAACGCACAUUUUACAUUAGACCUUAAUUUUCACAACAGCAAACUCCAGCAUUUUUUACGAUUACUUAUUGAUAGCUGUCAUUAAAAUGACUUUUGGUCUUAAAUAAGCACCUCAUAGGUUUCGAGUUGCUGUACUAGUUCAGUGCUUAACUUUUUGUUUCGUAAUAUAACAGAGCUAAGUUUAGUCAUUGUGAGGGGAGAUGGGUUGCCUUAACCUGUAUAAACGACUACUCGAGAGGAUUAAGAGAGACUUUUUUCUUUCGCACAGACCUUUGAAGUAACUGUGGCUUCUUCACUUCAAAGGCAAACCCACAAACUAGAGUCAUCCCGUCGUGAUCGGUGUAAAGAAUGAUUGAACUAGAGAGAUUUUUAAAUCACGUUCAUCGUACAGCCUAGGAAUUAAAUGUAUAAUUACGUCAAUAACAAAAUGCUUAAAUGAUUGUUCAUGUCCAAACUGUCCGAUUACAAACAUUUUUUAUUGGACUUAAAUACUUUUCGCCAUCAGCCAUUAAAACUCAGGCGAAAUGCUUCAGGCGGAGAGGUCCACAUUUUCAACAAACAUGUAUCAAUAAGAGGCGUACGUGCUCUUGUUACAUUUUUCAUCCGCGAGUCUCACGUGUUGUUACUUACAGAACUAAUUGCGGGUGAAAAUGAGUUCUAAAAGCUGGGUCGAUCCGCCUGAGUCUUAGAGACUCGGUGUACGUUGAUUUGAACUUGAAGAUAGAAUUUCAAAAACGUUCAAAAGUGGCAGAAAAAGAGAAGUUGGUGAGAAUGUAAACAUUUGAGGGUAUAUUUUAGCGAGUAGGCAAAGAAAAGCACUCAUCAACUGGUUCAAACAUUGGAUUUUUUAAUUAAAGAACUCACAGAGAUUCAAAAUAGACCGGAUUGUUUACUCAGCCAAUCAACAGGCUGUAUUAUGGUGCCAACUGACAUUGCCAUCUAUGAAACAAAGAUAAAACUCUACAGCAUACGUAUCAUUGCAAAACAACCCAGUUCUAAAUAGGUGUACCCCGUAUCUUUUAACUCCUUGGUUUCUUUACCACCAGCAAGAAGCAACAAUUGUAGAAUUUUCAUGUUAUGUGGCAGUAUUAUUAUAGGAUCCAUUUGAAGUCAGGACAACAAGACCUGCUUUUGACCGAAAAGGAAAUACUGCUCAUUUAACAUAGUUCAUUAUUAAUAAGGACAAAUUAUUCGCUAACAAAUAUACAAAAUUACCGCCAAGGGAACGAAUUACAAAGCACAAACAAUCUCCGAUAAAUCUUCGGCGACGGAAGGUGAUGCUUUCUCAUAGAGGACACCUGUCUCAUUAUCAACUUAGAAACUCAGAUAGCACUCAGCUAUACGCCCCCUACAAUCACUGAUUAUUUGGUAUACUUUGGAGCUCGUACCUCUUAUGGCACUAUUUGUGAGAAGAAUCUACAACUGAUCAUUCGUGGAAAUCAGGAGAGAAAAAGAUCAAAACAAUGUUUGGGUGAUCGGCUAGUUAAUGUGCCAUUUAAGUUUACUGCAAGUCAUGAAAUCACGCGGAAUUUGCAAACGACAAUGAAACGCGUU